AUAAAAAAUAAAAAAACAGACAAGGGAAGGAAACCCUCGCCACCACGCGCCGCCGCCGCCGCCGCCGCCGCCGCCGCCCGCCGCGCUACCACCUGUUGCUCGUACGAUCGGAUUCAAAUUGUCGCUUCUUUCUUCUUCCACAGCACAGGACGGGGUGUAGAAGAAGAAGAAGAAGAGCAUCAAGAGGAUGGGUUCACUGCGGCGGGUUGUGCACCUGGUGACCGCAUUGAACGGCAGCGCCAACCUCCGCCACAUCGACACGUCGCGUUUCUUCUCCCGCCGGCCGCCGCCGCCGUUCAGCCCGUCGUCCAUGGCGGUGGUGACGGAGGAAUCCUCCUUGCCGGAGCCCUCCAUGUCGUUCUACCCAGCUCCGGCCCCGCCGGAGAGCAACGGCGACAUCGGGGUGAUGCUCUUCGGCCGCGCCCGCGACAGGCUGCUGGUGACGGACCAGUCCGACAGCGCCGCCAUCUACGACGCCGGCACGCACGCCCUGCUCGCGGAGACCACCCCGCUGAAACCCAAGUACUGGCCAGUCUCCGUCCCUGUAGGCGACGACAUCUACCUCUUCGACCUGUACCCCAGGGUGCCCUGCGGCGGCCGCCAUUGCUUCGAGGCUGUCACGGCGGUGGAUUCCUCUUCUUCUUCUUACUGCUCCCGUGCGCUCCCGCCGCCGCCAUUCCUGUUUGCCCCGGGCUACAGCCCCAAGCCUAUCGAGUCCUACACGGUGGUCGGCGGAUCGGAGGUGUGGAUCUCCACGGCGCGCGCGGGCACCUACGCCUUCGACACGGUUAGCUGCAGCUGGAGCAAGCAGGCCGACUGGCCGAUGCCGUUCGCCGGCCUAGCGGAGUACGUCCCCGAGCACAAGCUCUGGUUCGGGCUCUCCUCCUCCAGGAGGGACAAGCACCCGCUCUGCGCCGUGGACCUCGCCGCCGCCGCCUCGCCGGAGACGGGGCCGGAGCUGACCAACGUGUGGAUGGAGCUGUCAGUGCCGAGGGAAUGGAUCCCGGUCGAGGCCUUCCUUGUGCACCUUGGCUCUAGCAGGUUCUUCGUGGCCAGAUUCUUCCAAGAGCUAGUCGAGGUGCGCUGCGACUUCUCGCAGCGGUUCGACAGGUUCGCUGUCUUCACCGGCGUUGAGCUGGAGCGCACCUCCCGUGGUGAGCUCCGGAUGAUCAAGCACAAGUCGGAGCGUUACAGCAUCGCUCACAAAGUCCUCUGCCAUAGUGUUCUUUGAUUUCACAACGUCCUCAUCGUACCUAUUUCCUCCGUUUCAUAUUGUAAGACUUUUUAGCAUUACCGACAUUAAUAUAUAUAUUAAUGAAUCUAGACAUAUAUACAUGUUUAGAUUCAUUAACAUCUAUAUAAAUGUGGGAAAUACUAGAAAGUCUUGUAAUAUGAAACGGAGGGAGUAUAUAUAUGUCUAGAUUCAUUAGCAUACGUAUGAAUGUCGGCAAUGCUAAAAAGUCUUAUAAUAUAAAACGGAGGGAGUAUCUAUGAUAAGGCAUGUAAACAAUCAAUUAUUUGGUUGGUGAAGAUGAGUUAGCUGGAGUAUUUUGAAAUUAUGCAAUUUCUUGUAAUACUCUGUAUUUUCAAACAGGAAAUUGGAAAAUAGAUGCUCCCUCUUUAGUUCAUUGGCAAAAAAGAAGUGAAUAUUGUUUUGUUCAUUUGGCCUGUCUCUAGACUAUAAUGAAUACUCAGGAGUAUCAUUCAUUGCAUUGCCAUCGAUUGAAUUUUCAUUACAUUGCCAACAUUCGAAUCACACAACUUUUAAAGUUUGCAUGCAGAUGUUUUAGCAUGGCAUUGUUUCCCGUCUGUUACUAUUAAUCUUGGGAUUGAGUUGAGUCUCUGAAUGUGGCAAUUAGUCUAGAGUUGGUUUUUUUAGGUUCCUCAAAAUUGUGUAUGUAAUGGGGGUGUUACUUUGCUGGUGAUGAAUACAAUGACAUAUUCACAUCCAUAUAGGCAUCAGGGGCAUUUCUUUGCUGAGAUAUAUUAACAUAUUCACAUCCAUAUAUGUUGGGAAUAAAUGGCACCCAUGCCAACUGAAAACACCACUUUUUAGGUUAGAUUUGUCGCAGUGCAUCACGUUUCGUCGUUUCUGUUUGUCUUGCCAUUCAAAGCAUGCACCUCAAGUUGUUUCCUAGCUGAGUCUAUAGAAGGAGCUAGGCAGCUAGCCUAUAAAAGUGAUUAGAUUUACUUUGAUUCUUUGAAGAAGACAAUCUCAAUCCAUUUUAUUCUCAAGCCGUUGAUCAACUAUAAUUGUUUUUUACAUAUAGAUUGUUCUGGUUCUCAAACUAUCCUGAAAACUUUAUGCAUUUUUUUCUAAUCUUAAUUAAAUCGGUAGCACUCCUGUCUCCCAUUGUUCCUUUUCUUUUUUUAAUGUCACUACCUAACUGAAGCUUAGGAGCAAUAGAACAGAACUUUGAACUUAGGAGCAGUAGAACAGAAGGCGCUGGAUGGAUAGAACUGAACCGUGAGCUUAGGAGCAAUAGAUCAGAAUGUGCUGUAUGGUUGGGCCUCCUAUUGUAAGUCAAUUUCUUUUAAAAAAAAUUGUUUAUGCCUUCAUCGAUUACUUUAACAUCCUCUAUGCCAUCCUGGUUAAAACAGAUUGAGAUUGUCCGGUGUUCCAUGUGCGUGUGCACUGGGAGUGGCUUUGUCAGAAUUCUUGUUCGACUUGAUCUUUGGCUUAAGUGAAUCUAAUGUCAAGCAAUUUAUGUGCCACCCUUUCUCUAACAUAGUGGUAGUCAACUUCAACAUGCUUUGGUUCUAGUGUGGAAUUAUUGGAUAAGCUGAUAUAGGUUGCAUCAAGAUUGUCACGCCAUAAGCAUGGUGUUCUGUUCAGGUAUACUCCAAUCUCAACUAGCAAAGACUGACCUGGCUACUGUGUGCUGGUUUCUUGAGCUCCAUGAGACCAAGUUUUUGCCAGGAAAAGCUGCAAAUCGUCCAGUAGAACAUGUGUCAUUGAGGCAUCUGGAUCAAGCUGCAUCAACCAAUGUAUAUGAACUGCAACAAUUGGCAACAACGACCCUCCAGUACAGUAACUUGUUCAGGUGAUGGAAGGGAAGCUUCUUAGCCCAGUUGGGCAAUUUUUCUGAAGUUAACAUAGGUUGGUUAUUGAACAACAUUCGUCAUCCUAACAUGGUUCAGCAGCAACUCCACACCAGACAAGACUCCAGUUCUUCCAUCCGUGACUCUUCAAGAGACCCAAGCUUCAAACUGCCAUGUGAAUCGAUCGGUCUGUCAACAAGCGGAGGCGUCCAUCAACCGUAGGAUAUGAUUGUUGGCUGCAGCCAAAAAUUACAAAAAAAAAUUGAUAUGUUUGCACUGAACUGGAGAUUAAGCAGUUAAUCUGUUCUUCAGAUUACUUCAAGCCGGUGAAGCAAAGAGGCAAUUAUGAAUACCAUCACAUUUCAUUACCAGGAUUAGUGGUGUGAAAAAAUAGCAUGAGAGCCUUGCAUGAAUGAUGAUCCAUCAACCAUAUGAUUGUUGCAGCAAAAAUCACACAAUUUUGUUUGAUGUGUUCGCACUGAACUGUUUGAUGUGUUCGCAUUGAACUGGAGCAAUCUAUUAUUCAGAUUACUUUAA